UUUAUACUCUAUGUGCACGUCCCCGUGGUUACUGCACAUCCCCAGCCGGUGUUGGUGAUGCCAUGCCCCGCAACCACAGUGGCGAUGAAGCCAGUUCUGGGCUCUGGAUGAAAACCUCUCCAGGGCGUCGGGCUCAGAACUAUAGGUUGAAAGAUGUGGAGUCUGGACGGAGGAUGAUGAACAACGCUGUUCGAGUCGGAGACGGGAUGAUUUCGCCAGGCGCGGCAGGUGCAGGGGGCGCGGAGAGGAGAAAGGGCGCCCGGUUGAGUUUGCUCGGGAAGCCGCUCAUCUACAGCGCGCAGAGCGGGCGCAGAAACGCGCACUACCGUCGUCUCCAGAAUUACCUCUAUAAUGUACUGGAGAGACCCAGGGCAUGGGCGUUCAUCUACCACGCCUUCGUGUUCAUCUUGGUGUUUGGCUGUCUGGUCCUGUCAGUGUUCUCCACAAUCCCUGCCCAUCAGGACCUGUCCAACCACUUUCUGCUCAUCCUGGAGUUUGUGAUGAUCGUGGUGUUUGGGCUGGAGUACAUCAUCAGGAUAUGGAGCGCAGGCUGCUGCAGUCGCUACAGGGGCUGGCAGGGACGCCUCCGCUUUUCCAGGAAACCCUUCUGUGUUAUAGACAUCAUUGUACUCAUAGCUUCCAUUGCUGUGGUGUCAGCGGGUAGCCAAGGUAACAUCUUUGCCACCUCAGCAUUGAGGAGCCUUCGCUUCCUGCAGAUCCUGCGAAUGGUGCGCAUGGACCGCAGAGGGGGCACCUGGAAACUACUGGGAUCUGUUGUCUACGCGCACAGUAAGGAGUUGGUGACAGCUUGGUACAUUGGUUUCCUGGUGCUUAUCUUCUCUUCGUUCCUGGUCUAUCUUGUGGAGAAGGAGUUCAACAAAGACUUUGCCACCUAUGCUGAUGCUCUGUGGUGGGGCACAAUCACGCUGACAACCAUCGGCUACGGAGACAAGACUCCUCAGACGUGGACGGGUCGUCUGAUCUCAGCUGGCUUUGCUCUGAUGGGGAUCUCCUUCUUCGCCCUGCCUGCCGGUAUCCUGGGCUCAGGCUUUGCCCUGAAGGUACAGGAGCAGCACAGACAAAAACACUUUGAGAAGAGGAGGAACCCAGCAGCCAGCCUCAUCCAGUGUGUCUGGCGUAGUUAUGCUGCUGAUGAGAACUCGGUUUCCAUAGCUACCUGGAAGCCUCAUUUGAAGGCGUUGCAUACCUGCAGUCCUGCGAAGAAAGAACAGGGUGAGACGAUUAGCAGUACUAAGUUGAGCUUUAAGGAGCGGGUACGUAUGGCAAGCCCUCGCGGCCAGAGCAUGAAGAGCCGCCAGACGUCCAUCAACAACGAUCGGCGUUGUUCCCCGGGCAACAAUGUGGCGGGCGCUGAGACGCGCAGCAGCCCUGCCAAGGUGCAGAAGAGCUGGAGCUUCAAUGACCGCACCCGCUUUAGACCAUCCUUACGCCUUAAGAGCCAAUCACGCACCUCGCCAUCCGAAGUGGACACAGGAAUGGGGAAUGAUGACACGUUCGACGACAGGGGCUGCCACUGUGAUGUCACCAUGGAGGACAUAACAGCUGCACAGAAGGCUGUCAUCAGAGCCGUCAGGAUCAUGAAGUUUCAUGUAGCAAAGAAGAAGUUUAAGGAGACUCUGCGUCCAUACGAUGUGAAGGAUGUGAUAGAGCAGUACUCUGCAGGACACCUGGAUAUGCUCUGCAGAAUCAAGAGUCUACAAACUAGACUGGACACUGGAGUGGGCCACACCCUGAGCAGCAAACCCAGGAACAUGUCCUCCCCCUCCCUGCACUUAUAUUACAGCCAGGCCAGGAGGAAGUCCGCCCCAGGGAUGAAGUCCCCAGGGGUGGAUCAGAUACUGGGUAAGGGCCAGAUCCCCAUGGACAAAAAGAUCAGGGACAAGCUUCACCCUGAUGGGGACCCACUGGAGGACAUGAGUAUGCUGGGACGUGUGUGUAAAGUGGAGAGACAGGUGACGUCCAUAGAGUCAAAGCUGGACUCUCUGCUAGAUGUGUACAGGCAGGGCUCGUCUGCCCUCACCCUCUCCUCCCUGCCCCUUUUCGAGCUGGAGCACCAGACAUCCGACUACCAGAGCUCCAUCCUCAGCAAGGACCUGCCCUCUGGCUCCCACCUGGGAGGGGAGUGUGUAAGAGGGCAUCCAGGUGAGGGGGGUGGGGGUAUAUCCCGGUCAACAACAGGUGACCAUCUCUCCAGGGGCCUCCAGCUCAUACUGGCCCCCAGCGAGCUCACCCUCAACACCUGCCCCCCCCCCUACCCUGCCUCCACCGCAUCCCCCACACCCAUGCCCUUCCUGCUCCCUGAUAGCCCCUACCCGCUCCUCGCCACCCCCAGUAGUUUCCCCAGGCGAGUGCAUUUCCCUAACCUCCUGCCCCCUCCACCAUCUGCUGGUGCCGCCACCCUCCAGCUGUCCACCACUGGAACCCAGCACAGACGCCCCCUCUGCCCCACCCCAGAUGCUCCUCGAAGGGGUAGGCUGGAGGAGAGCUCAGGCCCCUCUAUGAUGGUGGGCUCCAGUGUGGACGAUGGAGAGGAGGACAGAGAGGGGGAACAUGCCCAGAGUAGGGUGCAGCUGAGGGGGAAGCCCCACUUGAGGGAAGAGGGCCCCUGGAGGAGGCACUUGAGCCUGGAGGUGGACCCCUUGCUGCUGCUCUCCUCUGGAUGUGGGGGGGUACCCUCUGAGCAGGGACAGGGGCUGGGGAAGUCCUGGUCAGCACACAACCUUACCCAGCCAUCUGCAGACAACCCCCCCAACCUGUCCUCCCCCCUCGGCAACAGUAGCAGUUCCAGAGAUGGCUCCCAAGGCAACCCCGACGUUAGCAACUGGCGUGAAACAGACCUUUUCAUCACUGUCUGUGACCUGGAGCCGCAGGUGGACCAGUUUGAUUUCCUGUCCCAGGAGAGUGGCUUCCUGUCCCAUCCCACAGCAGACGGUACUGGUUGCUUGGACCUCUUGCUGACUGAAGAUGGGGGGUCCUCAAGCAGUUUGACCGGACCCCACAUCCCCACAAUGGACAGUGCAGAGUCCCUCAACCAGCCUCCCCAUGUACGACUAAAAUAACUAUUCCAUAGGAGUGAAUAAAAUAACCCCUUCCCCCAACACACACAUUACUAAUAUGACCAUCCAGCAUAGAGAAUUCACUUGGACAAAAAAAAAAAUAACAAUAAUAGAUUUGAAACUGUUGAUUUUAACUCUGUUUUUACGAUGUUUGAGGUGUCAACAAAAGAUGUCCUCUCAUGCAUAUCAUUGCAUGGACUAUUUCCUAAAACAGCAACAAGCUGAGAAACUAACAGGGGAAGGGAAGAUGGGGGAGGAAGAUUGAACAAAAGAGAGGUUGGUCAGAUAGUGGUACUGUUUGCUCUCUCGACUAUGCAUGACCACCGCAUGUCUAAACUGCACUUUAGGGUCGAGAGCAUUCAAGCCCCCGAGCCCCUUCGAUAGCCUUGGAACCACAGUUAUGAGGGCUGAGUCCAACCUCAUAAGCCCAGAGCUCACCUGUUUUUACCUGCGUGUUCCAUUCAUGUAUCUUCCAAACCCUUGAGAGGCAAUUUGGAGCAGUCAGCUAUUAUUACCCAAGUAUUCCUAACAAGCUCACCAUUUAAUAAUAGAUAAUACAAUAAUUAAUUUGAUAUUAACAUAAGAAGAUAAACCUAUUGAAGUAAAUUUGUCAAUUAUUUUCCUAAUAAAUUGUACAAUCUUGUGAGGCCAUUUGAUUUUGAACAAAUCCAAUUUGCUGAUUGCGUACUCCAGUAGGAUUCAUUGUUUUGGACUUUUAAAGGCAUUUAGUGAAAGACAAACAGCAGCCAAAUAAGAUCAGUUAUGACUGUGAUACAGUAGAUAGUGAAACAAAGCUGUGGUACACUGUAGUUGUCGGUCACAAUAAACACUACAGAAUGCAGGGUUUCUUGUCUUACAGCUCAUGUGUACCACUAGCACUGUUUGACUGCCACUCAGCCUGAACACAGAUGCCUGCUCUUGAAUGAGAAUAUGCACAAAACUGUGUCAGCCAUUUUGAUUUCCUCUAUUUUGCACCUUUUUGUUCUUGAAGAAGAGACAGACACAACAGUCUUAAUAAAUGUCUUCUGUGGAGUUAACGAUGACAGCUUACAUUCAACACAUUUGUUUUUAUGGUGCAUAAGUGCACUUGGCUUAGCUGAUUAACAAUUACACUGUAGAAUGCAAUAUGUACAGAUGAAUGCCAAAAUACAGAAAACACUUGAGUAAAUUAGGGAUUCAAAGUACAUUGAAAGCAGGCUAUUUCACACAGGUGUGGUUCCUGAGUUAAUUAACAUCCCAUCAUGCAUAGGGUCAUGUAUAAAAAUGUCCAGUUGGCCAUUAUUUUGGCUACCAUGGCUAGAAGAUCUCAGUGACUUUGAAAGAGAGGUCUCAAAGUAGCAGAAGGGGUUUAUUACAGGGUGUGUGUGUGUGUUUGUGCGCACAUUAAAAAAUACUAUAGUAUACUCUGGUAUAAAUACUAUAGUAUUCACUAUAGUGUUUUUGCAGACUUUACUGUAGUAUUUACUGUUAACUAUAGCGUAAAAACUGUAGUAAAAGGAAAACUUUAGUAUAUACUAUAGUAAUUAAUGUAGUGUUUUUUGCGGAUGGUAAUAUACUGCAGUAUUUACUGUAGUGUUUUUGCUGACAUAACUGUAGUAUUUACUAUAGUGUCAUUGUAUUAUAAUCUUUGACAUAGAAGUGAAGGCUUUCUCCUUCAAGAAACCUUCUGGAGAACUAAUAAAAGAGCACAUUUAGCAUAACCUGUAGGUAGGUAGGACUGGGGUCUGAACAGAUAGUUCAGAGCAUCUGCUCUUUUCCAUAACCUGUAAGGAACACAAUAUAUGGUCUAUACUUGGCAUGUAGGUUUCUCACUUAUGGGUGGCACAAAUUGCGAUAUUGAGUAGGGGAAUGGUCAGGGUAUAUACAAAGGAAAUACUGUAGUAUUUACUAUAGUUUACUGUAGUAUUUGUGUAGUAUUUACUACAUUUGUUUUGUCGGGAUAAUACUGUAGUAUUUACUAUAGUAUUCUACAGUAUACUACAACAUCCUAUAAUAAGUACUACUCAUGAUCGAGGGAUACUACAUUGUGUAAUAUAGUAUUCUACAUUUUACUAUAUCAUUAUUUUCUAUAGUAAGUACUGUAGUAUUCUAUAGUAAACUGUAGUAUAUUUUCAUGUGUGUGUGUCUCUCUCAAUCAACAGAUCUCAACCCAAUUAACCCUUAUGGGAGAUUCUGAAACGUGACGCCUGAGACAGCGUUUUCCACCACCAUCAAAAAAACACCAAAUUAUAGAGUUCCAGACAUUAGAAUCUAUUCCGAGGCACAUUGAAGCUGUUCUGGUGGCUCGUGGUGGCCCAAUGCCCUAUUAAGACACUUUAUGUUGGUGUUUCCUUUAUUUUGGCAGUUACCUGUAUAUAAUCUAUGUUAAUACAGUAUGUGACCUGCAAAAUCUACAUAGCUGUGUUAAAAUGGGAUAUUAUAUGACUAUGGCUGCAGUGUUUGAGCGGAGUUAGUACGAUAAAUGCACAACUGAAAGCACAAUCGUUUGGAGACGUUGGAACCUGCAUAUGUAACUGGUGGUUUUAUGCUCUGUAAUGAAAUGUUUUCCAGAUACAUAAUCAUGUGACAGACAGGAGGUACUUGUAGAGGUCAGCUCCAUUGGAAGAAGGCUGAGUAUCGAAUCCACUUAGUUAACUAUAGAGUAUGGAGUCUUCCAUUGAAGAAAUGUCAUGCUUGGUCUGUAGACUGAAGUUAUAUCAAAUUUACUGGUUAAUUAAUGGUUAAUUUCCCUUAGUUUAUUCUGUAAAUGCUUAACAGUGCCUUUCUUGCAUUUUAAUAUGAUUAUAGUUAUUUUUUCUCCACUGGGCUGCAUAUGUAGCUACAGUGCCUAGCUACGUAGAAUAACUCAUACAGGUGUAAGCUCAGUUUCUGAAACUUGGAUAACACACUUUUAAUGGCUGCAAAUCUACUACAGUACAUGUUCUAUAUCACUUGUACUGUCAUUUAUUAUCCAAAACAGGCCUAAAAGGGCAAUUCAACCACUUUUCAACCUUAUUUUCAUUAUCUCCAGCACAAUUACAGUGUCUUCAUAUAUGAAAACGGCGCAUUUCUAGAAAAAAUAUAUAAAGUAAAAAAGUAUGCGAACAUCAAAAAUAAACAUUUAUUUAACAGUGAUUCCCUAACACUAUGAGACUCGCGGUGAUGUGGGGAGCAAGAAAAUACCCUCCCUCUGGCUAGAAACUCAUUGCAGGUUUUGAAAAUCACAGUUUUGUUUACUUUUAAUCCUACCCUGUUUUAAGGACUUUUCUUAUUAUCUUUUUAACCACAGAUCAUAGAAACGGCCUGUUUUCACAUACACUGAGGGUGUUUCUCAAUAUGCAUACUACCUUGCUCCACACUCUCAUGCUCUGAGUGCAUUCUCCAAUGCUUUCUCUUGAGUAUGUUCUUGUGAGGACGAGCGUGUGGAGAAUACAUAAAACAUUACGUUUGAGAAGCACUCACACUUCCCCCUACUGUAUUACCUCACGCUUCACUUCCCCAUUCCCUGAACCUUCAUCCAGCCAGGACAAUGGCAAGAAUAGACUAACCAAAAAAUGACCUAAAAUUAAUAUUAUGCAAGAUAUAUGUCAAUUCUUCAUGGGUAGCUAGCUAACUAUUCUUCAUGGCUAUCUGGCUAGCUAAAAGUAGUAGCUAGCCAGAUAGCCCUAUUGACUUAUUAUGGGCUUGCGAUCUGUAGGCAGGUAAACAUUAACACAGCAUGUAUUUAUUAACAUAUCAAGAUAAAAUAUUGUAGUCAGGCAACAUAUGAGAUGUGAAGAGGCAACAUUUCAUUCCGAAGUCAGUGUAUUUUCUCUCGCUUCAGCUUAAAUAAUGUCCGUCAUUUUUUACGUGGCUGCGUCAUAUUUCUUUGCAUACUUUCAAUUGAAGCUUGCAUUGAUGCAUGCUUCAAAAUAUGUACUAUUAUACAAUGGGUGGGUCUAAUCCUGGAUGCUGAUUGGUUAAAACCUCAUUCCAGCCGGCGUCUAUUCCACAAGUUACCACCGGCUAACUCUAUGACUUUGAAAUAUCUAUUUACUCUCACUGCGCAAUCCACUGUCUCAUCAACCCAGCCAGGCAAUUUAUAAACUUGAUCUCUACUAUAAAAAGCAUCUAGACAUUAUCUCCCAUUUCUUUUAGACUAUCAUUUGGUUUUCAACAGCAGAGAUUUGUAUAAACCGUGCAGUCUGUCUGCCCCGACAUUUGCAACAUUGUUUCAAUAUUGAAAUUUAUCUCCAGCUGUCCCGUAGUAAUGAACAUGUCGGGGCCAGACAGACAGACAGAUUUUCUUAGCCAGUCGAAAUCAUGAAUCAGCUGGUAUCAUUUUUAUGAAUAUAUACAAAGAAAUGUCAACAGAAAACAGGACAAACUAAAUGAAGUUGAAGAGCAGCUAGUUUGCAGUCUUUCUAGCUUCAGACUGAAGUGAUUGUGUUAGCUGUAUUGUUGGCUAGCUCCUAUGAUCAACAAUGUCCUAACGAGAGAGCACAUUUUCUGUGUCAGGCGAAAUCGCGCAUCAUUAGCUCAUUGUUAUGGAUAUAUCUAAAUAAAUGUCACUAGAAAACAGUUUAAACAAAUAACAGCAAAUGCAGCCACUUUGCUGUUAUUCUGGACGUAGUUAGCCGUAGUUGGCUAGCUAUCAAACAAGGGAUAAGAACGUUGCCAGCCAGUACGGCAAUGGAACAUUUAGAACUAACUACAGAGUUGCGUCCAUGGAUGCAGAACAAAAAGAUAUAACGACUGGGAACUCUGGCAACCGAACCAAUAGAUCGAACAACCAGCCGGCUUGUGUAGUAACCUUAGAUUUGUGUCGGGACUAUAUCUCGUGGAAGAAUGAAAUAAUAUGAAUUAAUUUAUCAAAAUAAUGUUUUUUAUGACAAUAUGUCAAUCAUUAUUUGAAUAUGUUGGUAACUCCUUGUAUAACGGUGAUAAUUCCCUUGAAGCAGGAUAAUUGUAAAGAAUGAUUUUUAAACCUUCAGACAAUUGAGACAUGGAUUGUGUAUGUGUGCCAUUCAGAGGGUGAAUCGGCAAGACAAAAGAUUUAAGUGCCUUUGAACGGGGUAUGGUAGUAAGUGCCAAGCGCACCAAUUUGAGUGUGCCAAGAACUGCAAUGUGGCAAGGUUUUUCACACUCAACAGUUUCCCAUGUGUAUCAAGAAUGGUCCACCACCCAAUAGACAUCCAGCCAACUUGACACAACUGUGGGAAGCAUUGGAGUCAACAUAGGCCAGCAUCCUUGUGGAACGCUUUCGACACGGUGUAGAGUCCAUGCCCCUACCAAUUGAGGCUGUUCUGAAGACAAAGGGGGGUGGAACUCAAUAUUAGGAAGGUGUUUCUAAUGUUUUGUACACUCAGUGUAUGUAGAUACUGUUUUGGUGCUGGAGAUAAUGAAUACGGCAGAAUUGCCCUUGAAAAUACAUGGUUGAUAAUGUUAACAUUCCUAAUUCUUUCAAAUUAAUGUAUUAAAGUGCACAUAACAGAGGUUACAAGAUCUCUGUGGAGGAGAAAUACAAAAUGAAUUGUAAUAUUAUACAUCAAUAAACUACAAACAUGAAAGUA